GUGAUCAUAGUUGUUCUUUCUCCUGUAGCAAUAGUGGGGAAUGCAGUGGUUUUAACGGUGAUUUGGAAGAGGUCCUUUCAGAGAACACCUUUUCAUAUUCUUUUGAGUGUUUUAGCGUUCUCUGAUUUGUGUACUGGAAUUGCCACUUCUAUCAUGUCGAUUCCCUAUUUGUAUAACCAUACGUUUGAAACCGCUGAAUCAGCAAUUGGAAUUCUCUGUGAAACAUAUCUGGUGUCUCUAACAAUACUUGUUAUAACCCUUAUGUCUAUUGAACGAUGGCUGCACAUGACUCGGCGAUGCUUGGUGACAUCGCGCCGUGGAUGUCUCAUCGCUGCGGUCUCACUGGUAGUACCAAUUCCAUUCACUGUUCUACUGGCCAUUGGCUUUUUCAACGAGAGUUUUAAACUAGAGGCAGUCACCGCUAUGGGAAUAUAUCUGCUAUCUUGCUACUUAGCCACCACUGUUGCGUAUUUCAAAGUGUUCCGUAAAAUUCGCCGACACCAGCAACAGGUUCGUGAAAACCAGUCGUGUCAAAGUGUUGGUCAGCCAGCGAUCGACUUAGCGAAAUACAAGAAAUCCUUACUUUCAAUCUUGUACAUUCUUGUUUUGUUUUCUUUUUCUUUCUUGCCUGUGGCAGUUAUACUCUUCCUCCUUGUUAAAUUGAAUAAGAGCAUGGAAACGUGGGAGCCAUAUCACGUGUCUUUGGUGUUCCUAUACUUGUCUUCUAGUCUCAAUCCUGGUCUUUAUAUCUGGAGAAUGAAAGACAUUCGUGAUGGAGUUAAAUCCUUAUUCUGCCCUUGCAGAUCUCAGUAGACUAGUAUGAAUUAUCAUCAGCAAAUCCCGGGGGGCAGCACUCAACGAAGUUCUUCACGGAGAGGCGCCUCCCCGACGUCCAACCCCUCAGAUCCUUUUAUAAACCUUUUUUUGACGGAAAAGGUACCUUGUUGGACCUCAGGGCGGAGCCUCCCGUAUAAAGCGUUCUAUUAAAAAGUAUAGAGAGGAGAAGUCGUUACGUCACGUUGCCUUGGUAGCAAAAUUUUUGGGUGAAAGCGAACCGAUAAAGUCACUUAAAAGUCUGUUCGCACUAUUUCAAACUUCACCGAUCUUUUUCAGUUUCAUUUACAUUGGCAGAAAUUUCCUUUGGGACAGUAUCUAUCGAUAUCUGAGUUUAAAAAAAAAAAAGCGAAAAUUUUUGUGUUGUGUUCUCCUACCCCAUAAGGCGGGCUCGUGAAAUUAGGAAGUUUCAUGUCGUAGUAGUGCAACUACGUUUGUUAAUAUAAACAUAUUAACCCUUUAAGCCCUAAGAGUGAUCAGCAUCAAAUUUCUCAUUGUAAUAGCAAUGCUUUGUAAAACAGAGUGGUCAUGAGAAUUACAGACAUGAUCACACAAGAUAAAUUUGCUUGAUAUUUUAUCAACUUCUCCCUACUAGUUCUGUAGGAAAUGAAUAGGGGCAACAAAUGAGAAUUCAAAUUCUGAUCUUAGGGUUUAAAGAGUUAAACAUAUUAUUUUUUUGCCGUUCUCCUUGCCGUCGCCGUCGUCGUUGGUUUUGUUGUCAUCCAGAAAUAGUGCUACCAUGGUAACGUGACGUCACACUUCUCUUUAUUCCCCCGGAAAUUAGGGACACUAAAAGUCCCGUAUUUUGAAAAUCAAUCAGCCCUUAAAGUGUCGUGACAUCUGCUGACUGGUUUAAUUUGUUUCUUACGACAACUUUAUUAUUAUGACUCUUGCAUGCACUGAACAAUAGCUUAUAAUAAUAUAUUAGCUCCUGGUUAGAUUUUAUUUCGUGGGAAGCUUUUACCUUGAUUAAAGAUGUGGUUGGGCUUUAAAAAUUAACUAAAAUUAAAUAUCAUCACCGUGGUUUCUUUAUCAUAACUUUUUAAAUAGCUACACGACUGAUUACGUUUACUUUUGAUAAAGCCAGAGUCAACAUUAUUAGUCGCCAUCUCCGGUGGGCUUUUUGAGUCCUGAUCGCAAUGAUGCCUUGUUUCUGAUAAAAGCAGGUUAUUGGCAGAUGUCAACUAGAUGUCGGAAACGAGAAUUAUAAUAAAGUUCGUAAACCAUUAAAUUGGAAUUGUAAUAAAGGAAAGCUAAACAUUAAAUGAACAAAACAAGCAGAUGACAGGUGAAACAAGUAGUUUUAACUUAAAGAACACCUUACUUCCAAGUCAAACGAGUCCAGGACUUCAUUGACUGAUGAAGUUGCAACUUGCAAUGAUCCGUGUCCAGUGAAACCUGUUAACAACCUCCCUAAGAUCACUUUUCAAGACAUUUUUUCUACUCAGCAUCUCUCCUUUCUUCUUGCUGAUCAACUUCUCAAGCUUGGCUGUGAGCUCAUGAAAUAACGGGCUGUGUUCUUAACGGGUUGGAGAACUGAUAGCGAGUGGGGAUGUUUGAAAACACGACUUGCCCCACUUUAGAUUAUCAUAAUACUUCCCAUCCCACUACCUUGAACGAUAGCAAUACUGUUGGUAGAGACAGUAUUUCCGUUGCCAGUCAUGUAGCCAUCCUUCUUCUUGCUCCUGUGGCAGUAAUGGGAAAUGCUCUGGUUUUGACCGCGAUUUGGAAAAAGUCCUUUCAGAGAACACCUUUUCAUAUUCUUUUAAGUGUUUUAGCGUUCACGGAUUUGUGUGCAGGUGUCACCGGCCUUUUCUUCUCCAUUCGUUUCUUGCUUGACUUGAACCGUUUCAUUAUGUUAUAUUUUGGGAUCCCUUGUGCAAUAUACUUGUCAACCUUUACAUUACUUGUUAUAACACUUAUGUCUAUUGAACGAUGGCUGCUUAUGACUCGACGAGCCACAAUAACAGCGCGCCGUGGAGGUAUCGUUGUUGCCGCUUCAUUGCUUGUACCAAUUCCUUUCGUUUAUUUCAACGCAUUGGAGCCAACCAGCGGAACAAUUGCAAAAGAGGUGAUUACUGCCAUGGCCGUAUGCAUGCUAUUGUGUUACUUGGCUACUUCUUUUGCUUAUAUUAAAGUGUUCCGAAUUAUUCGACUACACAAGCAACAAAUUCAUGGAAACCAGUCUCGUCAAAACCCUGGACAAACAUCAAUAAACCUAGCGAAGUACAAGAGAUCGGUAAUUUCAAUCUUAUAUAUUCUCGCUUUGUUUUCUGUUUCGUUCUUACCUAUAAUUUUUUCAAGUUUCGUACUUGCCUCCGUGGGUGUAAACGGCGAAACUUUGAAGACCCAGCUUGUUUGUUUUGUGUUCAUGUUUUUAUCAUCAUCUGUCAAUCCUGGUCUUUAUAUUUGGAGAAUGACAGAUGUUCGCUAUGGAGUCAUCGGCUUGUUUCGCACGAACAUUUAG